UUCUUCUCGUAAGUAUUCUUCCUCUCCUUCGGCCCUCAACAUAGGGCACCAGCAGGCACCUCCACCACAAACGCAUCAUGAGGGCACCUUCACCACCAACGUCGACGCAUAACAGCCCCACAGCAGAGCAGCACCAAUGACGAAACCAACUACGGCCACCACCACCUCUUCCAAACGCAUCCACAAUCAUAUCUGAACCAGCAGAAUCGAUUGUUAUGGGGGAGAAUGGUUUUCACCUCCCAUUCUCGCACAGGCACAGUGUAACAAGGGCCAUUUUCUAAUUUUACUCUUCAUCCCCUCAAAUCUUCUCCAUUAAGAGAGGAUCAUUCUCGCCUGCAAUUUCCCCAAAUCACUUCUCACUCCCCCAAACAUUAUACCUUCCUUCUGCAUCUCCUCUCUGUGCUCACGCCAUGUCCAAGAAGAACCUCUGCAAGCCCUUUUAUUUUCUUUUGCGGCGCUCUUUAACUUCAUUUCCUCAGCACUUCACUUCCAAUUUUCCUCCUCACAUUAAACUCUCUCUUCUUCAUCAUGCAUCACCUCACCAUCCUCCUCCCCGCGCUCACACCUUCGAUUUCAACUGUUCUCCCGGGUUUUCCUCGAAAAGUUUCUGCUCUAAAUCUGCCGUGGAAAUCCAAAGUGGGUGCUGGAAUUGCCAUGCUGCCCCUCAUUCCGCACCUUUCCUCGUAUGCGACUCGUGUCGGUGCAUUCAACCCGUCGAUUGUUCCACUGACUAUUUUGAGAUAUUUGGGGUGGAGAGGAAGUAUGAUCAAGAAGGUGAGAAUUUGGAGUUCAAGUACAAAGAGUGGCAAAAGAAGCUGCAUCCUGAUUUAGUUCAUUCAAAAUCUCAGAAAGAAAGAGAUUUUGCUGCUGAACAAUCUGCAAGGGUUAUUGAUGCGUACCGUACACUUAGCAAGCCUUUGUCAAGAGGAAUUUACUUGCUGAAGCUUAAUGGAGUAGAAAUCGAUGAAGAGCAGACAAUAUCAGAUCCAGAACUACUGGCAGAGAUUCUUGAAAUCAGGGAAGCAGUUGAAGAAGCUACAAAUGGGGACGCUUUGAAUCGCAUUCUAUCCCAGAUGCAGGAGAAGCUGCAAAAUUGCUCUAAUACCUUAGGUCAUGCUUUUCAAAACCAGAAUUUUGAGGAAGCAAAAUUGGCAAUCAGGAGAAUGACUUACUAUAGUCGUGUAAUUGAUGAAGUCAUAAAGAAGCUUUGAUAUAGGUAAUAUCAACGUUUUCUUUUGCUUGAUUCAUUGGGAUACACUUUGUAGAAGAUGAAUGAUAUUUGAAAGGAAUAAUUGUUACGUGGGAUAUAAUGCUUGUGCCUACCAAAAGUUGGUAAAUUGAAAAGAAAUGAUAAUGGCCAUCAUCUCAUCCAUAAUGUCUGUUUUAAUGCAAAUUGAGUGAAAAAGAGCUGAAAGUGGGAGUUAAAAGCAAUUGUUAUUGCUUAAGACAUACUCAACACAAAUUCCCCCCUUCUGAUCAGGAAAUUUAAAGGCUACUAUUUCUCACCUAUUACACUCCUAUCACGCAAGAGAAAGAGUUGAAUAACCCAUUGCCAGUCCUUCCGCAUCUGUUUUUCUGCUAAGUUUGUGGCCUUAACCCUUUGUCAUUUUGUUUCUAUUUCACUUCUCUUAUAAUAUGUCUGAAAAGUCUUCCGGUGCAACUUUUGUUUGAAUUUAUAAAACUGGAAAUCGUUCAUCAUAUAUUCAAUUUUGACAAAAGGAUGUUAUUAUCUUCAUUUUCUACCCAAAGUAUGCACACUCAAGCACAGGUCUGCAUGACUAUUAUAGUGAAAAUGAUUCUAUCAGCUAAUUCACUUAUGUUAAACUCGGUAUUUACAAGGUCCAAAUCAAAGAACAAGACUAUAAUUCUUAGAUAGUCAUGAACAUGAAUCUGUGUAAAAUGCUUGGAAUUCUGUUUGUGUGUGCGGUUCAAAUGGAAUUGAUGUCAUGAAGUGUUCUUUAGUUUUCUUUAGUCAUUUAAGACUUGCUUAGGUAGUUUCUUUACUGGUAUUCUUUCUGUUUUAGUUCUGUUCUUACUUUUAGCUUGUUUAGCCUAGUUUUAGAGUGUUUUUGUAGGUUGAGUAGUGAAAUUUUGAGUUUAUUGUAGAAUUUAAUUUUUGAGUUGAUUUCUAGCUUUCUUUAGUCAUUUUAAAGUUGCUUGAAUACAUUUUACCUCUGUUUUUACUAAUUUUUCCAGAUUUGCACAUUUCUCAUUUUGCUAGCUUAGCUCUUAAUUUGUAGAUGAUAGAUAGAGUGUCUAAUUUGAGUGGAUAAUUUUUAGUCAUGUUUGUACAGUUCCAUACAUUGAAUUAAGUGAUUUUUACAUGAUGAAUCAUUUGCAAAGAACAGUUUUGACAAAAGUGAACCUUGAGAGAUUUGAACUUGAGUUUUUCUUGUGUGUGCAUUCAUGAAAAUGACAUUCUACGCUUUGCAUUAUUUCUCUUCAUAACUGAUCAUUUGAUGUGCAUUCUUAAUGUGAUCUAGGCCCUCCUUGAAUUAAGGCACUUGCCAAAUAUAGGCUACCUUGGAAAAUUUUCCCUAGCACCUAUUUUUGACCCUGUUUUUAGCCUUUUAUUCAGAUUUUUAUGUCCAUUGUCAACCUUGGACCUGUAAAACCAGAUUAUACCCUGUCCUAGAGCUGUGAGGUAAAGUAGGCUGUGUGUUAUCGGACAUUGUUGAGUUCAAGUGUGGGGGUAUCAUUGAAAAAGAGGCAUGUGACUGAGUUGAUGGCUGAAACAGUUUGUGAAUCAUUGAAAAGUGAGAGAAAAAGCUGGAACAAAAUGGGAAAAUUCUGGUGAA